CGCUGUAAACCUGCUGAGGCGAACGCGAGCCGAGAGAGGCGAUCGGUGACUGACUGCACAAGCAGAGGCAAUCACCAGCCGGGGUGCUCUCGCUCUGACUUCAAUCCAGCUCCUCCCCCCGGGUGGUUGUGGCUUUUCCUUCCAUCCAAAAGCCUGAUCAGCCCAGCCCAGCCAGCCCCGGGGGGAUAAGGAAAGAGAGAGAGAAGACACCGUUUUUCUCCUUCCCUUUCCCCUGCCUGCAGCGUAUCCAGCCCUGCCUGAAACUUGCAUGGAGUUGGUGCCCUCCUCCCUCUGCUCCGGGUGAAUCUGGUGUCUCUCUCCCAGCCUCUCGCCCGCAGCCGCAGCCAUGGGAAAAGUUGCGGGCCGGUCCCCGGCGGGCCGGCGCGUGGCUCUGCUCGCCGGGACCUGGCUUGUCCAGCUCCUCUGCACCUUCGGCACCAGCGGGGCCGAGAUAACGUGCCGCGGCUGCCUGGCCCCGGGGAAGCCGCCUCGGCCGCAGCGGGGAUUAUUCUUCGUGCCCGGGGGGCCGGGCCGCGGGGAAGAGGCGAGGCGGUUCCCGGCGGCCGGGGGGGAAGGGACCUCCCCGGCUGCUCCCAGCCAGGAGACACCGACCGGCCAGCCCGACCGCAGCGCAUCCCCGGCGCGCUCCGCUGGCCCCGGCCUGCCCCGAGCUCCCCCGCGGGGGGCUGCGCCCCGCGGCGGCCGGCUGAGCCGGAGCCCGGCGGAGCGGAGGCGAGCCAGGGGGGUCCCGGCGGAGCGGGGCCAGCAGGGCAGGGAGGCGGCCGGGGCACCCCCCGAGCCGCCGCAGGGCAAAGCCACCCGCUUCCGGCUGGAGGAGCUGAAGCUGAGCAGCAGCACCUGCGCCCUGACCGGGGACUCGGCCCACAACCAAGCCAUGGUGCACUGGUCGGGCCACAACAGCAGCGUGAUUCUAAUUUUGACAAAGCUGUAUGACUACAACCUGGGGAGCAUCACCGAGAGCUCGCUUUGGAGGUCAACAGAUUACGGGACAACAUAUGAGAAACUGAACGAGAAGGUUGGCCUGAAGACUAUUUUGAGCUACCUGUACGUCUGCCCAACCAACAAGCGCAAGAUUAUGUUGCUGACUGACCCAGAGAUUGAGAGCAGUUUACUGAUUAGCUCUGACGAAGGGGCCACGUAUCAAAAGUACCGUCUGAACUUCUACAUCCAGAGCCUGCUGUUCCACCCCAAACAGGAGGACUGGAUUCUGGCAUACAGUCUCGAUCAGAAAUUAUACAGUUCAAUUGAGUUUGGCAGAAGAUGGCAGCUUCUCCAGGAGGGUGUCGCACCAAACAGGUUCUACUGGUCUGUGAUGGGUUCCAGUAAAGAGCCAGACCUUGUGCACCUGGAGGCGAAGACAGUGGAUGGCCAUGCUCAGUACAUCACCUGCAGGAUGCAGAACUGCACCGAAGCCACCCGGAGCAAACCGUUUCCAGGCUACAUUGACCCUGACUCCCUGAUUGUGCAGGACGACUAUGUGUUUGUUCAGUUAACAUCGGGAGGACGGCCGCACUAUUACGUGUCCUAUAGGAGAAGCGCGUUUGCACAGAUGAAGCUGCCAAAGUAUUCUUUGCCCAAGAAUUCCCACUUGCAACUAGCUGAGACCAUCUGUGAUGAGAUAUUUGGUUUGAGUCGUGUUCCCACUACAUGUUUAGUUCUCCAUCUGUCUGUCUUCUCUGAGAUCUACGGAAAGCUGGAGAAAGAUAUGCACGUUAUCAGCACGGAUGAGAAUCAGGUGUUUGCAGCCGUUCAGGAGUGGAACCAGAAUGAUACUUACAACCUUUAUAUAUCUGACACCAGAGGAGUCUACUUCACGCUUGCUUUGGAGAAUGUCAAAAGUAGCCGAGGGCUGGAGGGUAAUGUGAUGAUCGACCUCUAUGAGGUAGCAGGGAUAAAGGGAAUGUUCUUGGCUAACAAGAAGAUUGACAACCAAGUGAAAACUUUCAUCACCUACAACAAAGGAAGAGACUGGCGCUUGCUACAGGCUCCAGACACUGAUCUGAGAGGAAACCCUGUUCGUUGCCUCCUACCCUAUUGCUCGCUGCACCUUCACCUAAAGGUUUCCGAGAACCCGUACACUUCAGGAAACAUCGCCAGCCGAGAUACUGCCCCUAGCAUCAUCGUGGCUUCUGGUAACAUAGGUACCGAAUUGUCAGACAACGACAUCAGCAUGUUUGUUUCAUCGGACGCUGGGAACACAUGGAGACAGAUCUUUGAAGAGGAGCACAGCGUUUUAUACCUGGAUCAAGGUGGAGUCCUGGUUGCCAUGAAACACACAUCUUUGCCUAUCAGACAUCUAUGGUUGAGUUUCGACGAAGGGAGAUCCUGGAGCAAGUACAGCUUCACGUCCACCCCACUCUUUGUGGACGGGGUAUUGGGUGAGCCUGGGGAGGAGACUCUGAUCAUGACAGUGUUCGGACACUUCAGCCAUCGCUCGGAAUGGCAGCUGGUGAAAGUGGACUACAAGUCAAUUUUCGACAGGAGAUGUGCAGAAGAGGACUACCGGCCAUGGCAGCUCCAUAGCCAGGGAGAAGCGUGCAUUAUGGGAGCAAAACGGAUCUACAGGAAACGCAAAUCGGAGAAGAAGUGCAUGCAGGGAAAAUACGCUGGGGCCAUGGCAUCAGAACCAUGUGUUUGCACAGAGGCAGACUUUGAUUGUGAUUAUGGAUAUGAGCGUCACACCAAUGGCCAGUGUCUGCCGGCGUUUUGGUAUAACCCGUCAUCCUUGUCAAAAGACUGUAGCUUUGGACAGAGUUAUCUCAACAGCACCGGGUACAGAAAGGUUGUGUCUAAUAACUGCACCGAUGGCGUGAGAGAACAGUACACAGCUAAACCCCAGCGGUGUCCUGGCAAGGCCCCCCGCGGACUGCGUAUUAUCACCUCGGAUGGGAAACUGACCGCAGAACAAGGGCACAACGUUACUCUCAUGGUGCAGCUGGAGGAGGGCGACGUCCAAAGGAUGAUCAUUCAGGUGGAUUUUGGAGACGGCAUCGCCGUGUCCUACGCCAAUCUCAGCUCGAUGGAGGAUGGGAUCAAACACGUCUACCAGAACGUGGGCAUAUUCCGAGUGACCGUGCAGGUGGAAAACAGCCUGGGAUUGGACAGCGCUGUCCUGUACUUACAUGUAACUUGCCCCCUGGAACAUGUUCAUUUGUCUCUCCCGUUCGUUACUACCAAGAACAAAGAGGUCAAUGCUACGGCGGUACUGUGGCCCAGCCAUGUGGGCACGCUGACUUACAUUUGGUGGUUCGGGAACAACACCGAGCCCCUGGUCACCCUGGAGGGGAGCAUCACAUUCACGUUCUCUGUGGAAGGGAUGAACACGAUCACGGUACAGGUCUCGGCAGGGAACACCAUUCUGCAGGACACAAAGACUAUUGCAGUGUAUGAGCGAUUUCAAUCUCUCCGCUUGUCGUUCUCGCCAAACCUGGAUGAGUACAACCCAGAUAUCCCUGAAUGGAGACGGGACGUCAGUAGAGUGAUCAAGAGAGCUCUAGUGGAGGCAACAAGUAUUUCAAGCAAACAUGUCCUGGUCGCAGUCCUGCCUGGUUUGCCCACAUCCGCUGAGCUCUUCAUUUUACCGUAUCAAGAGGCCACGGGAGAAAACAAAAGACCAGCAGAAGACCUAGACCAGAUUUCAGAAGUAUUGAUCCACAAACUGAACCAAAACUUGGUACAGUUUGAGUUGAAGCCUGGGGUUCGAGUCCUGGUCCAUGCAGCCCAUUUAUCAGCAGUUCCCCUGGUGGACCUCACGCCUAGUCACAGUGGUUCGGCCAUGCUGAUGCUGCUAUCUGUGGUGUUUGUGGGAUUAGCCGUUUUUGUAAUUUACAAGUUCAAAAGGAAGAUUCCGGGCAUUAAUGUUUAUGCACAGAUGCAGAAUGAGAAAGAUCAAGAGAUGGUCAGUCCAGUCAGUCAAAGGGAAAGCAUGCCUAAUGUCCCUCAAAGUGAACUGAUGAGCCCUGAGCAACUAGUAGAUGAGAAGUUGGAUACCCGGCCCAUAGGAAGUAUUUCCAUAGCUGCUGAGACUCAAAGCACAAAAGAAAUCCCUACCUAUGUAAAUGUUUGAACCAAGGACACCCGUACAUCUGUAUAUAGAUAUAGAUAUAUAUAUAUAAAAAAGAAAAACUCACGGCAUUCGGACUUUUUAAUUCUUCAGACGACAAAAGGUUUCUAGCUUUAAUCCUGUGCAUGUGGACAUUAUACCCAGACCGUGGUUGGAAUUGCAGUGUACAGGUGCUCUAUUUUAAUAGGGGGAAAGGAAAUGCCUCCAUAGCCCUUCCCCUCCCCUACAGCUCACUUUCCUCUCUUUUCUGAUCAAUCUCUUAUUUGUAGAACGUUCAUAAUGAUAGUGGCCAGCAAUGUGCAUGGGGUCUUUUUGAAGGGUUGGGGGUGGGGGAAUAAGGGUAUUUGGCUUUAGAGUUAACUGCUUUUUUAGCACUGCAGGCUGUGGGUGGGGUAGCUACCCCCAGCCAACUUUCACGAGCCACACAGAAAUACACAGGAGUCGACACUGCACCGUUUCUGGGCCAGUUUGGGUUUUGUCUUCGUUUGGACCUUCACUUUCUCCGUCCUUUGUUCUGCCGCCUGAGAGUGCUCGUAGCUCCCUGCAGCGAAGCCAGGAAACCAGCCCUUAAGCUGCAAAGCCAGAUGCUUUCUUCGCCCGGUCACACUGAGGCACCUGCCCAAGUGGCAUGAUCCAGAGGCAGCCCCCAUGCAGGCCACCCGAUCUCACAGCAUGGCACGAUCCGGGAUGAGCUUCUACGGCCCGUAGUCCUGCCCUGCAAAUAUCAUGACCCCAGCUGCCUCCCACUACCCCUUCUGGACUUCAUUCUCCAUCGUGUGUGCAGUCAUUUAGACCCGUGCAAAGGGGGGGGGAAUGCUGCCAGCUCACCCUGAUAAUGGUUUCAUGCCCACUUUGGAUGGUCUAAAUCACUGCACAAGAUGGCACCCAGCACCAGUGGAUCAGACCCCCACCCCUACUCCCUGCCGCUCACCGGCGUGAAUUUCCUGCUUCUGGGUCAAGGGCUUGGCUCUAGCCCAUAGCCCAUCCUCCACCCCAGCCUCAGGCAACCUGUCAGGGCCCUCUCCUUCCUCAGGUGCAUCGCUGCAGUACGUCUGGGUGAGUGGCCUACCCCCACUUCCUCUCCGUAUGCAGUACUCCCAGUGCCAUGGCGGCAAUUCCUCACUCCGCGGCAUGUAGCUAGACCAAGCACAUUCCAAAUAUUUAACUGGGGUGUUAAGGGCUUGGCCAUAUAUGUCCAUUAGCCUGGCUCUUGGCCCUCCGUAUGGUAAUUGGCUGGACACAGUAAGUCUGCUCACCACUUCCAGCAGGGACGUUUGUAAAACCUGCCAUAUCUGCUCAGCCUGAGGAAAGAUUUCAGGCCUGGGCCCCUGGUGAUCCCUAUGAGAGACCAGUGCAGUCUCAGACCCAUAGGGAGCUGGGUUCAAAGUCUGCUGAAAUGCAAAUGAUCCGAAGGAACAGUGCUGCUUUUAAGCACAGCCCUCAGAAGAGCAGGGGGCGGGAAGGGCAUGCAGAUACAGCAGACACCAGAGAGUAAAAGUCGGGUACAGAUCAUGGCUCUGAAAAAAAGGUGAUGCCAACAGGGAAAAGGUCAGUCCCACCCUCACCCACUGGGCACCCUCUCUGCCUAGUUAUCCUUUCUGUGGAGGUACAUAAUUCCAUUAGCCACAGGCAUUGACAUCACUCACUAUUAUAUUUGCAACUACCGCUUUAAGCAAGAUGGGAAAGGUGUUUUGUUUUGUUUUGUUUUUGCAGCCACUGUAUAAUAGCCCCCAGGAUUCUAACUGGCCCUUGAAGUCUGGCAUUAGCCAACUUAUUUUUAUAGUAAGCCACUUAAAAAGUUUUCUUAUAGUCUUGGAACUACUGCUGAUUUUAAAAUGACUUUUUUGAUGUAUU